CAAGGCAGUGAAUAAAACAUAAGGGGCGAUUUGUAAACCCAAAAAAAAGUGUAUUGUGAAAAAAAACAAAAGAUUGAUUUGCAAGUGACAUUUAUAAAAUUAUAAUUUGCUGUUAUUUUUUAAAAAGUUAUUUGAAAGUAAAUUACAGUUUAGUGUUUACUGAGACUAAUCAGAAUGGAUAAAAUAUUUCACGAGAAGCAAGAGGGUUAUCUUUGCGCUCAACAUUGUUUAAAUGCACUUCUACAAGGACCGUAUUUCAAUGCAGUCGAUCUUGCUAAUUUGGCUCAUCAAAUGGACGAGGAGGAGAGAUUAAGAAUGGCAGAAUCCGGAGUCGACAGUGAAGAUUAUAGACAAUUUUUAGAGCAACCAUCGGGCAAUGUGGAUGAUAGUGGAUACUUUUCGGUACAAGUUAUCAAUAGUGCUCUUGAUUUUUGGGGUCUUGAUCUUAUUCCGUACAACAGUACGGAGCCAACUGCUUUGAUGGCUCAAAGUGAUCCGGCACAAAUGAAGGCGUAUAUCUGCAACUACAGAGAUCAUUGGUUCACAAUUAGAAAAUUAGGCACACAGUGGUUUAAUUUAAAUUCCCUGAUGAAUGGACCGCAACUCAUAACAAACACAUAUUUAGCAAUGUUCUUAGCUCAAUUGAUUCAAGAAGGGUACUCAAUUUUCAUCGUGAUUGGCAAUUUUCCACCAUGCGAGGCAGACGAAUAUCUCUUGCGAUAUCCUGAGAAACAGAGGCAAAAUUCCGAGAAUUCAAAAGUAAACAAAAAUCUCGAAAAUAAACUCGACAACGAAGCGAAAUUACUAAAAACGGCUUUGGAAGGAAUCGGUGAAGUAAAAGUACCAUCAUCAUCCCUAAACAGUGCCAGUUGUUCAACUUCAGGUUCAUCAAACAAUCGAAAUUCGCAAAUAUUCACUAAAUCCGAAACAGAAAAAUCUGCAAAAUUAGAGAGAAUUAUUCCUGUAAUAACAUUAGAGGGUUCUGAGCAAGAGGACGAUGAGGAUGCCGAAUUGCAACGUGCACUUCAAUUGAGUUUGGAAGAUGCAAAUGAUGAUGUUAAAAAUCCACUUGCAUUGCGUUUAGAUUUAGCAUCCGAUGAGAAUGCAACACGUUUACUUGAGGAAGCUGAGAAUGAUGAUGAUGAGGAGGAUGACGAAUUGAGACGCGCAUUACAAUUAAGUCUCGAGGGUUUUUCUUCGCCAACAACAACAACAGCAACCUCUGAUCAAGAUGAAGUUCGAUGGCGUCAUUUACCAAUUCUCUCAAUGUCUAGAACAAAUACCGAAUCAACUCAAAAAUUAAAUACAUAACAAUAGUCUCUAUUCUUGUUCAUUCUUGUUCAUUCAAAAAGAAAAGAAGAAAAAAAAACUAAUGUUGUCUUUUAUGAUACAUAUAUAUUUAUUUUCAUUUUUGAUUAUUGUAAUUAAAACUUAAAGCUAACCUUGGGUAGCAGUGUUACUUUAUAUACUUUAAUGAGAUAUCGGAUUUAAUCCAGAUAAUAAAAAGUUCUAUUUCACUUCUAA